AUGCCUAUCGUCGGCCGGAUUGACUGCGAGAUACAAUCUUAUAAAUACACUUGGCAAUUCGACGACUUCAAGUUAAGGCAUUUGGAACCUGGAGAAAAGCUAAGAUCACCGAAAUUCGAAGCAACUUUCAAUGGCAAGGAAUUCGAGUGGCAAAUACGCUUGUCUCUGAGCGAAGUUAAAGGAUCCGAAACUGUGACUAUUGCGCUUUACACCUUUUCAACCAACGUCGUUACAGCGAACGUUUCGUUUGGCUUUGUCGACACUGAUAACAAAGUUGUUCAAAUUAUGUCAACUAAUAAACAAAGGCAUGACAUGAGGCACAAAUCUGAAGCGAUUUGGGCAAUCCCAAGCUUUACCCACAAGAGCUUCAUAUCAAGAGAUAAUAAUUUGAUCCAUGGUUUCUCCAAAGUUAUCAUCGAGUGCGAAAUACACGUAUAUGCUACUUGCGCAAAGGAAAGAGAGAAGAAAGAACUGUUGGAAAUAGAACAGGAUAACGUACUUCGAUUCGAAGAAUUCGACAAAUACGAGCAUCUCCUGAAUAACGACGCAUUUAGCGAUGUGUCGUUCGUCGUCGAAGGAAAAAUAUUAAAGGCACACAAGUGCAUUCUCGCGAAAAGCAGUCCUGUAUUCACUGCUAUGUUCCAGCAUGAGAUGAGAGAAAAGCGAGAAAACCUUGUCAGAAUCAACGACAUGCAGUACAAUGUCUUUUUCGAAAUGCUUCGCUUCGUAUAUGCUGGUAAAAUCAGUCUCUACAACUAUGGUGUCAAGUCUACUUCCGAAGAACUAUUGUUUGCAGCCGAUAAAUAUUCGAUAGAUGGACUAAAAGAGAAGUGUGUAAAGUUAAUUUGCGAUGAUUUGUGCAUCGAUAACGCCGUGGACAUCCUUAUGCUUGCCAAUCGGCACGAGGUGCAAUACUUGAAAUUCAGGGCAAUGAAACUAAUCGUCUUGCAUAGUUAUGAACUCAACGAAAUACCGUAUUUCGAGUUGUUGAUUAGUACGCCGAAUAUACUCUACGAAGUUUGCCAUGCUAUUGCUAGCCACGGAAAGUUUUUGAAAGCAUAA